AUGGCAGACAUCGCGCACAUCUCUGGCCUCGUUGCCACAGGACAGCACCCAGCGCCCUUUGAGCAUUGUGACGUGGUGACCACCACCACCCACAAGUCGCUCCGAGGCCCGCGCGCAGGCAUGAUUUUCUUCAAGUACUCGGACGCCAUCCCCGACAUCAAGGAGCGCAUCGACAUGGCCGUCUUCCCUGGCCUGCAGGGGGGACCCCACAACCACCAGAUCGGCGCACUCGCGGCGCAGCUGCUGGAGGUGAACACCCCAGAGUUCAAGGAGUACUCCAAGGCCGUGGUGACCAACUCGCAGACGCUGGCCAAGACGCUCCAGGAGAAGGGCCACAAGCUCGCGAGCGACGGCACAGACAACCACCUGGUGUUGUGGGACCUCCGCCCCCACGGCCUCACGGGCUCCAAGCUCGAGAAGGUGUGCGAGGAGGCGUCCAUCUCGCUCAACCGCAACGCAGUGCACGGCGACGCCUCGGCGCUCUCGCCAGGCGGCGUCCGCAUCGGUACUCCCGCCAUGACCACGCGUGGCUGCACCACCGACGACUUCGUGAAGAUCGCGGGAUUUCUGGACAGGUGCUGCCAGGUCGCCCUCAAGGUCCAGGCCGAGAAGGGCAAGAAGCUCAAGGACUUCGAGGCUGGUCUGCAGGGGAACGCUGACAUCGCGGCUAUCAAGAAGGACGUUCAGGCGUUCGCUUCCGCGUUCGGCUACCCUGCUGCGAACAUGGCGGCCGCCACAGGCCUGAAGGGCAAGCUCGCGGCCCUCGAGGACUUCAUCUCGAUGCAGAACGAGGAGCUGGCCGCCCAGAGGCAGGAGAUCGAGAGCCUGCGCAACGACAAGAGCAAUCCGGAGCACUACCAGGCGCAGCUCCAGGAGCUGAAGAAGAUGAUGGUCUCAGACGUGCAGCGGAUGCAGGAGGAGAGUGCAAACGCCACUUCACGCAGCAGAAGGCCGAGAACCAGCGCCUGCAGCAGCAGAUCACGACGCUCAAGGGCGAGAAGACCUCGCUGCAGCAGCAGAUCCUCGGCCUCCAGCGCCGCAUCCAGGAUGGUUGAGGAGCACAUGGGCGUGGAUUGA